AUGCCACCUAGGAGAUCUCACAAGAAGUCGAGAGCUGGCUGCAAACGGUGCAAGUCGCGCAAGAUCAAGUGCGAUGAAGUUCACCCAAGAUGUGGCAACUGCGUGAAGCAUGGCGUAUCGUGCGACUUUGAGAAUCCCGAUAUCUUUGAUGACAUCCUCACCGCCUUGACCCCCUCCAAUACGACAUCCUCACAAUCCCCCAUCGAGAGAGCAUCUUCCACUGCGCCCUCCCUAUCUGCAGGACCAUCUUACCGAACCAGGACGCCGUCCAUCACGCAAGGAGCCUCACCUCCCACUGCCGCCUGCACACCGCUUUAUACCACACCUUCCAACGCCGCCAUGUCCGCCACCACUUCGCCCAAUAAUCGGCUUCUAGAAUUGCGAUUGAUGCACCAAUUCACCUCGAUGACCUCCCAUACUCUGGUGGUGAACACCCCAGCGACUCACGAUAUAUGGCAAAAUACCGUACCGAGACUUGCUUUCAGUGGUGCUAGCUACCUCGCCGACGCCAUGCUCGCUGUUGCUGCUCUGCACUUGCGCUCAUUCAACCCAGAUGACGGGGCUCUAAUCAGGGCGUCGCACUCAUACAUGGCAUCGGCGCUGGCCGCCUAUUGCUCAUGCUUGCAAAACGGUAUUACCGAGUCAAAUGCUGAGUCGCUGUUCCUUACGGCCGCUCUCAUCGCCUUUUCAUCGACCGCCACACGGAUUUUCAUUCGCGACGAGGCUGACCCGAACGAUCCCUCCAGCGCUUAUUCCUUACCGCUUUCUUGGUUCCAUGCGUUCCAGGGCGUCAAGACGGUGGUAGCGACUUCAUGGCCAUGGAUCCGGAAUAGCGGUAUUGUCAUCCCCAUCAUCGACUCGCAGCCCGUUCUUCAACUUGACCUGGAUGCCACCUCUCCGACUUCCUUCUUCGGCAAACUGCUAGAGAACAUGGAUGAGGAGUUGCGAAAUGAAGACGCCAUCCUGGCCAUGUCUACUAGGCAGUCGUAUCAACACGCCGUGGCCGUGCUCAACUGGGCACACAAACUGCCUCACCGUGGCGCUGCUCUUGCUUUCCCAGCCACGGUAUCGAAGCGCUUCAUUGAGUUGUUGGAGGAGCGCCGACCCCGCGCCCUGGCCAUCCUGGCCUGUUUUUUCGCGCUGCUCAAGGGCUUCGAGUCGGCCGUCUGGUGGUUGGAAGGCGUCUCGCGCAGAGAGGUCAUGGGUAUCGUGUCACAGUUCGAAGCCACCAGCCCGUGGUGGGGACACCUCGAGUGGCCCGUGAGGAUCGCCCUCUACAAGCACUCCAUCAUACCGCCCGAGGUUUGGGGCUCGGACUGGGUCACCGAGGAGAGCAAGGCCGAAAAGGGAAACAACAUGAGUAACGAAUCGUUUGUCAACCACAUUGAAAUUUUGACGGGUGUAUUCGCAAGGCAACAAAACAUCCCGGUGCCCGUCCCUACGCAUGCGGUGUAA